AUGGAUGCUCUGAAGGCAUGCCAGGCCGAAGACAGCAGUCUGGUGGACAUUGGAUCAAACGACGAACAAGACUUUGUAUAUAAGCUCGCUAAUGGACUUCAGGCUUGGUUAGGUGCUUCUGAUGCCUCAGAUGAGGGUCAUUGGCUUUGGUACAGUAGUGAUCAGCCCUGGGGGUAUACACGCUGGGACCCACGACAACCAGAUAACUAUAGGGGUAACGAAGACUGUCUCCAUUUCUGGAAUGCUGAUUUAUGGAAUGAUUACAUAUGUUCCGGAUCCAUUAAUAUGCCAUACAUAUGUGAACAGAAAGCUGGACUAUCCCUAUGUGAUUCUACCUGGAUAUACAAAGACGGACAUGGGUACAAGUUAUUAAAAACAAAGAUGAAGUGGUCUAAUGCCAUGAAAACCUGUCAGCAAAACUCGGCCUCAUUGGUCAACAUUGAGACCUCCUCGGAGAUGACUUUUGUUCAUGGUUUGUCAGAAGGAGUGCCUAUUUGGUUGGGUGCUACAGACGGGCCACAGGAAGGAAACUGGGCGUGGACAGGAACUAGGGUCAAAUGGAAUUAUACCAACUGGCAAACAGAUGCUGUUCAGCUGAUAGAUCAUGUACUGACGUUAAAUGUCGGUGAGACCAUACAGGACACAGGGUUUGUGUGUACAUACACAUUUAAUCCCUCAGACAUCCAGGUUAGGGUAAUAUGGCAUCUGAACGAUCAAGUAAUAAAAGAAGAAACCCUGCAAAACCAGAACAGUAGUUUCCUGCAGGGUGAUGAAAUACCCAUGCUGCUUCAUGGAGACCAGCUUUAG